CGCCGGCAAGUGGUACAGACCGGGGGCGGGGCUACGGAAUGAGACAAGAUGGCGGCGGAGCAGAGUUCAAAUGGCCCUGUCCUCCGCUCCAUGCAUGAGAAAGCAGUUGACCGUAGAAAUAUAAACAAGGAGCACAACAGCAACUUUAAAGCUGGAUAUGUUCCUAUCGAGGAGGAAAGAUUGCACAGGACAGGGUUACGGGGUCGUAAGGGCAAUCUGGCGAUUUGUGUAAUAGCCCUUAUGUUUAUUCUGGCAGUGAUUAACUUAAUUAUUACACUUGUUAUCUGGGCUGUCAUUCGAAUCGGCCCCAAUGGUUGUGAUAGCAUGGAGUUCCAUGAUGAAGGCUUGUUACGGUUCAAACAGGAGUCUGACAUGGGAGUCGUGUAUCCCAUGCACAAGAGCACAGUGGGAGGCAGAAGGGAUGAAGACUUGUUGAUCACCGGCAACAAUCAACCUGUGGUGUUUCAGCGGGGAACAACCAAACUUAGUGUAGAGAAAGACAAAACCUCCAUCACCAGUGAUAUUGGCAUGUCUUUUAUUGAUCCUCGGACCCAGAAAACUGUGUUCAGCACUGACUAUGAUACUCAUGAGUUUCGUUUGCCAAAAGGUGUGAAGACACUAAAUGUACUGAAGGCAUCCACAGAAAGGAUAACAAGCAAUCAUAGUACCGAUCUGCACAUUCAUUCUGGAGGCCGUGUGAUUGUGCGUGGAAAUGAAGGGGUCUUUAUCAUGGGGAAAACCAUUGAAUUCCGCAUGAGGGAUAAUAUGGAACUCAAGGCUGUAAACAGUAUUAUUCUCAAUGGGACUGUGAUGAUCAAUGUAUCACGGCUUCCAAAUUCAUCAACUGGAGAGUUCCUGGUGGACGAUGGCUGGGAACGCUACAAACUCUGCAUGUGUGCCGAUGGGACACUCUUCCGAGUCCAGGUGAAAGGCAAAAAUAGCGGCUGUCAAACAUCCAAUAACCCCUGUGGAAUUGUGCUAUAAGAAUCAAGAUUGAGGAAUGAGUGACAGAAGUCAUCAAUUAUAAUGUUCAUAGGAAAAGAGAUCAAUUUAAUGCAGAAAAAUUACACCAUUGUAGCCAUCAUUUGUGACCAGUGGCUGAUAAAUGUAAUAGUCCAUAAAUAUGCUUUGUUAUUUUCCAGCAAGAAAGGACCUAAAAUGAAAAGGAUAUUAAUAAUACACCUUCUUUAUUCCUAUUCUAAUUCAAUAGUUUCCUAUAGCUUUUACAAAAGUUAUAUUCCUUUCUAACUAUGACCAUUAAGUAUUAUCAGUAACCAUGCAGAGUUUUCUAAAUCAGAUUUCAGAGUCCUGCCGCAUGUAUUAACACGAAUGUACGCUAAAUCAGAAUGAAGCAAUAUGAAUUUUAGAAUUUAGUAGAAGAAUCUUAUUAAAGUAGGACAAUAUUGAUAUUGAAAACUAUACGUCAGAGUUAGAUUUUCACAACUAUACAAAUCAAGGUCUGUCAAUCAAAUGGAAAAUGGAUAUGUCAACAAAAUCUCAAACAUAUUCCCAAGGAAUCAUGUAUCAUCUCUGAUUUUUAUAUUCUUGCACGUGCUUUACCAAUACUUGGUGUUGGUUUACUUUUGUCAUCUGUACGGCGAUACAGUGAAAAGCUUUUGUUUGUGUGUCAUCCGGCCAAAUUAAAUACUAUACACAAGUAUAUUCAACCCAUACAAGCGCAACAGAUAAUGCAAGAAGAAAAUUACCAGAGUGCAGAAUAUCAUGUUCUAGCUUUAUAGCUUCAAUUGAAGAAAAAAAGUCCAAUAUCAGCAACGGGGAAGCUUGGAAGAUUGGGUUUGUAUCCUAGCUUUUGCAAGGACAAUUUGAUAAUCUGAUAAAAGCAAAGAAGCAGCUGUUCCUAAAUCUGGUGUUCCGUGCUUUCAAGCUUUUUGUAUCGCUGCCCUAUAGGAGAGGGGAGAAGAGACAAUGAUUGACGUGAAAAGGAUCCUUGAUUAUGUUGGCUCCUUUCGCAACUCAGCAUGAAGUGUAGAUGGAGACGAUGGGGAGGUUGGUCUGUAUGAUGGAUUGAGCUGCAUCCACAGUUCCCUGCAACUAUUUGUAGUCUUGGGCAGAGCUGUUGCCAAACAAAGCUGUGAUGCAUCUUGAGAGUAUGUUUUCUGCUGAAGUUGUACAAUGGUUUGUACGGUCAUUUUAAAAAUCAUUGCAAGUCACAAACAAUAGUAUUCUAGUAGGGAGGAACCUUUGGGUAUUAGCCAGUACUAUAUGAAUGUGUUUCAUCUCUCUCCCCUCCCCUAAAUUCUAAUGAACAUGCAGAAGACCCAGAGCAGUGCUGUUUGGCUUUAAGUUGGUUUGCAUUUGGGAGUAGUGGAAUGUUCAAUAACAUAGUUGAAACAUUGCUCCAUUUUUCAAACUAUAGAAAAAUGCCAGUUAAGAUUUAUAUAUAAAAUCUAAGCUAACACAAUUACAUUACAGGCUAAGAUCUGAUCCUGUCUUGCAAAUGGGUAAGGUGCUGCUUUAUCUUUAUUAUUUUGGCCCUUAUGCAGUCGAGUAACACUUUCCCCCACUGGAUUUAGACAAUAAAACUAGAGUGUUAACAUAUUUCAAACCAAUUACAUCAGUAUGACAAUUUUACCUUCAUGCAAUUCGGGGCAAUUUUUCAUACCUGCAGUAAAUCUGAUUUAAUUAUAAUUGUUUAGCUUUUCCUGUGAGAUUAGUCACCAGAUAUGUAUUGUAUGGUGGACUAUGUUCCAAGCUGUAACAAGCAUGUUACUAAACAAAAAUAAGUGGUUCAAGUUACCAUCACACUUCCAGAAUACAACUGUUAAGAAGCAUUUUGGCUUUUGUAUUUCAUACUUAUAUGACAGUAUUACUAAGAUUAUGGGUCUGCAAUCACUUUCUUAUUCAGUAUUAUGUUGCAACAAAAUGUAUUGUAUUUGUAAAGGUCAGCUUCUUAACUGUUCUCCAAGCUGAUUUCUUUUUUUAAAUAAGAGAUGCUUUAUUUGAAAUACUGAAUGACGGAACAGAUUUAGGUAUUAGCAUUGGCAAAUCUCACGUUUGUGGCAUAUUAUUUUGUAGCUCAGUAGAUCAAAAGUUUGAUCCUGCACUUAUAUAUAAAACAGGAACUGCCAGUUAUUAAAUUAAUUUCAGAUAGCUUUUGGUUUUGUAAUAAUGAACAUUGUAUCCUUUGCUGGGAUAUGUUUUCUUUGUUAUCCAAUAUAUUGGUUAUAUGAAUUUUAUGCAUGAAUGGAAUGAAAGUUAAAAAAAUUAGAAAAUGACAGAUUCCAGCUUCUUGUGAACUUGCUCAUAUCAGCUAAUCUUGCAGUCGGCUGUGAAAUCAGUUUUGGAAAGGUUUUGCUUUUUAUUAUCUGUUCAACCUCUCUGAAGACUAAAAUACAGGGGGGCUAAUUUUUUUAAGUUUAAAUUUGUAAAGUACCAGGGGGAAAACCAAGACUAUAAGGCUGUCCCCUAAGCCAUAUGCGAGCUGAAAUGCUAAUUAAACCCUUACAUGCACAAAUCAUUUCAAAGAAUAAAAAUGGGGAAAAUAGGCUUGAUCAGUAAAAAGGUAGAGAUCACUACACUACACCACCAAACAUUUUAAAAUAGUGUUAAGUAAUCAGACGCUUGUUUAAAUGGUAGCAAUACAUUCUUAACAUAGUUUUGUGUGCAUCUUGUGUAGCAUCCACAAAAUAGAUCCACGGUGACAAUCAUGCACAGCUGUAUCAAAUUUUUCAAUCUUUGUUCCAAGAUAAUAAUAAUAAUAAUAAUAACUUUAUUUAUAAAGCGCUUUUAGACAACAUCAGUUACCACAAAGUGCUGUACAUGGGAAGUCAACAAAAAGUUAUUACAAACUACUAAAACCAUUAAGACGACAGGACUAUAAAAACAGUAACAAUUAAAAGACAUUAAAAGCACUAAAACAGGGACAAUGUCUCAGCCAGUGUCGAAAGCCAGUGAAUAAAAGUGAGUUUUUAGGGAGGAUUUAAAGAUGGACAGUGAAGGGGCCUGUCUGAUCUGCAGCGGCAAGGUGUUCCAGAGUGCCGGGGCAGCAACAGAAAAGGCUCUAUCCCCUCUGAGCUUCCGCUUAGACCUUGGUACCUAGAUCACUACUAUCACUACUAUCUUCAGUUUAUUACAGCCAAAAUCAACUUCCUUACAACUAUUCAAGUAAAAUAAUUUGUGCACAUUUCUCACGACCGUCACAUCUUUCCCCAAGUAUUGCAACCAAUUAUGGCCUAACUAGUGUUUUGUACAGUUUCAACACAACUUCCCUGCUUUUGCAUUCUGUGCCUCUAUUUCUGAAUCCCUGCAACCCAUUUGUUUUACUGACCUCUCUUCCACCUUCAAAGUUCUAUGCACAGGUCCAUGUUCCAACACAGUUUUACACCUAUAGUGUGCACAGACUCCUGUGAAAACUCGGUUCAGAAAUUUAAGACUGACAUUUAAUUAUAUCCACAUUACUUUCAAAGGUGGGGUCUGGAUUGUUCCCUGCAUGAAUAAAAAUACUAAAAAAGCAAAAUAAAUUGAAGUAUGGCAGAAGAGCUGCAGGAAAAUGGCUUGCAUUCUUUGGGCAUUUGAACCAGUUUUGGAAGAGGAAACAUGUCCAACUGGGAAGUUAUCUAGUCUUGGAGGUGUGGGUUUAAAACCCAAUGUACUAAGAAAAUGUUAUGAGGAUUUGAAGUGUGUGAAGAAUAUUAGAAAUAGGAAUCUGACAGUCAAAUACGAGAUGAGUGUGUUGUGUAUGUUUGUAAAUGUAAAUGCAUGAAGCAUGAAAGAUGCUGGGUUUAUUUUAACUAUAUUAUGCAAUCCACCUCAAUAAGCUAAUUUAUACUUGUAUACAGUUUGUAAAACCUUAAGAACUGCCACUGUAACUAUUUAACAAACAUUGUAGCACUGAAUAAACACUAUUUGAAGAACU